GGGAGGUGCUGGACUCAGACCGCGCUAGUCUGGAUUCUGUUUUGAGUUCCGACACCCUUGCAGUAUGUGUGCAGCUCGGGUCUCCGCGGCGGCUCAGGCCACCGUGUAUGCCUUUUCCGCGCGCCCGCUGGCGGGCGGGGAGCCUGUGAGCCUGGGCUCCCUGCGGGGCAAGGUGCUGCUCAUCGAGAAUGUCGCGUCCCUCUGAGGCACAACGACCCGGGACUACACCGAGAUGAACGAUCUGCAGAAACGCCUCGGGCCUCGUGGCCUGAUGGUGCUCGGUUUCCCGUGCAAUCAGUUCGGACAUCAGGAGAAUGCCAAGAACGAAGAGAUUCUGAAUUCCCUCAAGUAUAUCCGACCCGGUGGGGGGUUCGAACCCAACUUUACAUUGUUCGAGAAGUGUGAGGUGAAUGGUGAGAAGGCCCACCCGCUCUUUACUUUCCUGCGGGAGUCCUUGCCAGCACCCAGUGACGAGCCCACUGCGCUCAUGACCGACCCCAAGUACAUCAUUUGGUCUCCGGUGUGCCGCAACGACAUUGCCUGGAACUUUGAGAAGUUCCUGGUGGGCCCCGACGGUGUUCCAGUGCGCAGAUACAGCCGCCGCUUUCGCACCAUCGACAUCGAACCUGACAUAGAAGCCCUGCUGGCCCAGCAGCCCAGCAGCUCCUAAGGUGUUCCUGGCAUCCGGGUUUGGUGAUCACUGGCUGCACUCUGAGGGGAGUUCUUCCAUGAUGGUGUUAUCUCUAAAUAUGCAUGGAGAAACACCUGAUUUCCCGGGAAAUCCCCUCGGAUGGGCGCUGGUCUUGUCCAUCCCCGCUGCCUUUCUGCCUAAACAAAGGUGAUUUUCACCACUAAUAAAGAGCUGAAUGUCAAGAA